GGGCGGGUAGGGGCUGCAGCAGAUUUGUGAACGGCGCGGCUGCAUCAUCAUGGUCCGCUUCUCGCCGCUCGAGACCCGAGUUGUUUCAUUGAUAAACAUUCCGGUUGCUGCAUUUCUGUCACGGAGCGCGUGGAGGAGGACCGGAGCAUCUCCGGAGCAGCAGGAGAGGGAGCAUCGGCUGCAGUGAUGAUGCGCAUCAGCAGCACCCGGUGCCAGUGGAGAAGCUGUUGAUUCACCACCCGGACCCCAUCCACUCCCCCUCACUCUCUCUCUCUGGACGCUUAAGAGAAUCACCUGAGGGGGAGUUGGGCAGCUUCUGAAACCCCCCCACAACCCCCUCCCCUGGGGGAUGGGAGGCGCUCUGCCACUGGAACAUCUCUGGAUCUGCUCGGACGCAUCCGUGAGGCGCGCGGACGCACGGAUGGAGGAUUCUGGAUGCUUAAUGAAAUCACGGAGAUCUGCGAGCCUGCAGCCACCGGUGUGUGAUGCGAACUGAGUCGUGGGUGGCGUAGUCCCCCUUUCUCCUCUCCUCUCCUUUCCUCCCCCCUCCCCCCAUACCCCCACCUCUCCCCUUACCACGAACACUCCCUCUAACCGGGACGCACAGCCUUGUUUCACUCCAUCGGGGUAAGCAUGUCCCGGGCAGCGGCUAUCGCCAGCUCCCUCAUCCGCCAGAAGCGGCAGGCAAGGGAGCGGGAGAAGGCAAACGCCUGCCGCGGCAGCAGCAGCCCGAGCAACAGCAAAGGAGCCAACGAGAAGCCGAGCAAGCUGAAUGUGUUCUCGCGGGUGAAGCUGUUUGGGUCGAGGAAGAAACGGAAGAGGAGGCGACCACCAGAGCCCCAGUUAAAGGGCAUUGUGACCAGACUUUCCAGUCGCCAGGGCUUCCAGCUGCAGAUGCAGCCUGACGGCACCAUUGAUGGAACCAAGGAUGAAGACAGCACCUAUGCCGUGUUCAACCUGAUCCCCGUUGGGCUUCGUGUGGUGGCCAUCCAGGGCGUCCAGACCAAACUCUACCUAGCGAUGAACAACGAAGGCUUCGUCUACACCUCUGAACACUUCACCCCGGAGUGUAAGUUUAAGGAGUCGGUGUUUGAGAACUACUACGUCACCUACUCCUCCAUGAUGUACCGGCAGCAGAACUCAGGCCGGGCUUGGUACCUGGGACUCAACAAGGACGGGGCAAUCAUGAAGGGGAACCACGUCAAGAAGAACAAGGCUGCUGCACACUUCAUACCCAAACCACUCAAAGUGGCCAUGUACAGGGAGCCAUCCCUCCAUGACCUGACGGAGCUCUCACGUUCAAGCAGCGGCACACCAACCAAGAGCCGCAGCGCUUCAAACCUUCUCAACGGUGGCAGGAAGACGCCCAGCAACGAUGACUUAUCCUAGCCUCUCUACCCCUCACACACACAAUUACACAUCAACAGAAACACACACACACACACAAACACAUGCAAACACACAGAUCUCAGGCCUAUAUUCCCAUGCAUCACACUUGUGAGGGGUGGAACAAGGUGAGGAAACAAAAGGAAGACAGGAAUGUGUUCUUCCACUCCACAAAGCCCACUGUGACUGACUGUGAUGUAAAUAAAUCAAGGACAAUCAAUUAGUUUUAUUUUUUUUUGGCUCUGCUUUCCUGGUGAGCAGAGGGACUGGACCAGGGACUCUUCCCUCCAUGAACUCUUCCUGCUAACCAGAUACUACCAGGGAGAGAAAUACAUGAAGAAGGGACAGAGACAGCUGGUCAGUCAGUCACACAGUGAGAUCAACAGACUGUUACAGAGAACCAAAGAGUCAAGGUGUUAACUUACAAGUUACCGCUUUGAAAAGGCCAGAGGUCAGGAAGUUACAGGGAGCUACAGCCUGGAGGAAUCUUUAUUCUACAGUAUGUUUACACAGAGCUCAUGGGGUUAAGUCAUAUUUUCAAAAACAACAGAAAUAUUCCUCGUACAUGCGAGGAUUUACCAUUCGUUUGCAUGCAGGUGCGCCUGAGUGUGUGUGUGUGUGUGUGUGUGUGUGUGUGUGUGUGUGUGUGUGUGUGCAAGAGUGCUUGCUGUGUUUGCAAUAGGUGUGUGUGUGCGCGCGCACAUGCAUGUGUCUUGGGGAGGGGGGGGGAUUUUGCCUUUUUCAGAUUCGUUGUAUAUCCGACAAACAUCCCGAGGGCUUUAGCAGGUUACAUAUGAAGUUUACUGUAUAUGCUUCCAUGCUUACUUCUUACAGCACUGCUGUUGUUUGCCUUUGCCUUUCUGUUCGUAGCUGUCGUCCCUUGCUGUUUGUUUAUUUGUUUGUUUGUUUGUUGUUGCAUGGAAGCUUGUGGACCUCUGCUCAGUAGCAGCAUGCUGACGGUCUUUCCCCCCUCCACCCUCUGGACCUUGGUGAUACUGACCACAAAAUCACUAGUGAGCCAACAGUGUGAUACCAGAACACUAGUGAACCAUUGUGAGGGUGUUAGGACACUACUGGACCAAUAGUAUUGCACCAGAACAUGUGGUGUUGGACCAGAUUGUUGGGUAACCAAUGGGAGCACAGAUUAACUUAAUAUUUUGGGUCCUGCAGUGGACAAACUAAAAAUGCACUAAAUAAACUCUUUGUAAAGAAGUGAA